UCCUUGCUUCUCCUUCCUCUCUCUUCUCCCAGGUUCUAUCAUUUUCUGUAUGCCAAUAAAUUUCCCGUUUCAAAAACCCCUAAAAUGCACACAACACUCUGAAGAGCGUCAGGCCCUUUCUCUCGCUUUCUCUUGCAGCCUCCUCCAAUCCCAAUACCCAUAUCCAAACAGACCCUCAUUUCCUCCUCACUACCGAGCGCUGUUUUUUGAUCGGCACUUUCAACUUAUCUAAGCCAUUGGAUGUGAUUGACGUAGUGUCUCUUUCUGCAUUUGUAUAUUGGCCCUUCCUUUCCAGUGUGUGCUACCGUGCUUCGCCGACACUUCUCAACGGUGUUGGGAUUGAGGCAUUUCCCUUAGGGUUUUAAUCAUCUAAACUAUUUGUAAUUAAACAAAAUUGUUUCCAAUUGUUCUUUUACUUUUUCCCUUUUGGGUUUCAUUGUGUUUUAUUAUGGUCCUUGGGUUGUAGACCUUUCUAUCAUUGGUGGAACUCUUAAAUCGAGUUUCUCUCUCUACUUUUGGGAUUUAUUUGGAAAACUUCGGACAUUUGUGAAGUUGGAUUUUGCAGUUGUCACCUUUUUUUUUUCCCUAAACUUAACUUGAUAUAAAUCUCUAUCUUGGUUAGUUUGUUGUAUACUGGAAGUUUCCCUUUUGGUGGAACCAUAGUUUUUAGUCUUCCAACUUUUUGUGUGUGGGGCUUUCACUAGUUUCGUUUUUUGUGAGUUACUUGGAAGAAGCUGUUGGGGAGUCAUAUUUGGGGGUGGGAGGUUUGCUGGAAAGAGUAGCAGGUGCAAGCAAAGGGAAAAGGUUAGGCUUGCAUGGGCGAACAUGACGGUGGGGAACAGCCACCAAGUGGGCUAUUGCCGAACGGCUUGUUGCGCAAAGAAGCCGCCUCCGUGAUAAGAGCACUUGAUUCAGAGCGAUGGCUAAAGGCUGAGGAACGGACUGCAGAGCUAAUUAAGUGCAUUCAGCCUAAUCCACCCUCUGAAGAGCGCCGAAAUGCUGUCGCAGACUAUGUGCAGCGACUGAUCAUGCAGUGCUUCCCUUGCCAGGUGUUCACCUUUGGGUCAGUCCCCCUCAAGACUUAUUUGCCUGAUGGGGAUAUUGACUUGACAGCAUUCAGUAAGAGUCAAAAUCUGAAGGAUACAUGGGCACAUCAGGUUCGUGACAUGCUGGAGAACGAGGAGAAAAGUGAGAAUGCAGAGUUCCGUGUGAAAGAGGUUCAGUACAUCCAGGCUGAAGUGAAGAUUAUAAAAUGCCUUGUCGAGAAUAUUGUGGUAGAUAUAUCUUUUAACCAGCUUGGUGGGCUGUGCACCCUCUGUUUCCUUGAGGAGGUUGAUCAUCUGAUUAACCAAAGUCACUUGUUCAAGCGUAGCAUUAUACUGAUAAAAGCUUGGUGUUAUUAUGAGAGCCGUAUUCUUGGUGCCCACCAUGGACUUAUCUCUACUUAUGCUUUAGAGACCUUGGUUCUCUAUAUAUUUCAUGUUUAUAACAAUUCCUUUGCUGGACCCCUUGAGGUACUCUAUCGGUUUCUAGAGUUUUUUAGUCAGUUUGACUGGGAUAAUUUUUGUGUAAGCCUGUGGGGUCCAGUGCCUAUUAGUUCACUCCCUGAUGUGACAGCUGAACCUCCUCGUAAAGAUGGUGGAGAUUUACUACUCAGCAAGUUGUUUCUUGAUGCCUGUAGCUCAGUUUAUGCUGUUCUCCCAGGUGGUCAGGAAAAUCAGGGGCAACCCUUUGUUUCUAAGCAUUUCAAUGUUAUUGAUCCAUUGCGUGUCAACAACAACCUUGGGCGGAGUGUCAGUAAAGGUAAUUUCUUUCGAAUACGCAGUGCUUUUGCAUUUGGGGCUAAACAACUGGCAAAGCUACUUGAUUGCCCAAAGGAAGACUUGAUUUUUGAAGUCAAUCAGUUCUUUAUGAACACUUGGGAUAGGCAUGGAAGUGGGCAAAGACCUGAUGCUCCAAGCAAUGACUUAUGGCGUUUGAGGUUAUCUAAUAAUGACCAAUUACAAGGGUCUGAGAAUCUCAGGAGCAAUAGUAAAAAACAUGAUAAUACUUCCGGUUGUGAAUUUGAAGUUGGAGGAUCACGUGGUUCACAAAAUGGCUCAUCUCAGCACAGUAUUUUUUCCAUGGAAAGCUCAUCUAAGAGCGAUGAUAUCUCUACAGUAUCACGAACUCAUAAAAGUUACAGCAACCAAGCUACUUCAAGGACCUCUGACAAGGUCAGAAGGGAAAGUAAUUCUGUUCAAGGUUCUCAUGUUGAGAAGGGUCACAGAAAUUUUUAUCUUGAGAGUCCGCUGACUGACGGUCAGGGAAGGUUUGUAUUUGCAAGGACACGUUCAAGUCCUGAGCUAAGUGACUCAUUUGGCGAAGUUUCUUCACAGGGAAGGUGUACAAGGGGCCCAGAAAUUGGUAAGGGCCAAAAUUUCUCUUCUAAGUUGGAGAAUAGUCAUAGGAAGAAUUUUGAAACUGAAAUGGCUGCAGGCCAUGGCGUCAGAAUUGAUGAUUCAUCUCCUAGGCACAUCUCAUCCCAUCAAGUACUUGAUGCUGCUGAUGGUUCAAACAGUGGUUCAAAUAGUUACCAUGAAGAAUCAGCUGCAGGGGUCAUGGGUGAAGAGUUUGCAUCUGUUGCAGGUGCAGGAGGAGCACAUGUGAUGCAUCAGGAGGAGCAAGAUAUUUUGAACAUGAUGACAUCUUCUACAGCUCAUGGUUUCAGUGGCCAGGCUCAUGUUCCAAUGAAUGUAGCUUCAGGCCACCUGCCACUUCCAUUUUCACCUUCCAAUAUCACUCCAAUGGGAUAUGCUCACCAAAAUAUGGGUAAUAUUCCCUUGAUUGAGGCUCGUUGGGGUACAAAUAUUCAAUUUCCUCAAGGUUUAGUCCCAACGAUGACUCCUUAUUUCCCUGGCAUUGGAUUGACCUCAAAUCCUGAAGAGCCAAUUGAAAGCGGUAAUGAGAAUUUCAGUUAUAUGGAAAUGAACCCAGGGGAACUUGAUAAUGAAUUCUGGCAUGAGCAUGAAAGGGGUUCAACUAGUGGGGUUGAAGUUGAUAAUGGAAAUAUUGAAAUGCGCCCUGAUGAUAAGCAACUGUCAACUUCAGGUGGUUAUAACUUUGUCCCACCAUCUCGGGUAGGAAAUUCUAGCGAAUUUUCUGGAGUUCAGCAGAAGUUUAUUAGAGAAAAUAGAGGAUCAAUGAGAGAAGAACAUACUGAUACUGUUCAGUAUCAAGAUAGCAGAGGAAAUGAGGUUUAUUAUGAUGAUAGAACAUCAAAUUUAAGGCUGCCUGGAGGUCCUUCAAACUGUAGGAGUAAAAGCUCAUCUGAAAGCUCUUGGGAAGGACUUUCAGCAAAAUCCUCAAAAUCAACAAGGGAAAAGAGAGGUAGGAAAAAUUCCCCCUCAGCACCAUCUGCUGUUUACACAAAGGGUAAGAACGUGCCGGAAAUUUCAUCUAAUCUAGUGGAUGCAGAAAACAGAGAGUGGGCUUCUCUGUCAACUGUGGCAUCUGAUAUGUCAGAAAGAGGUACUGGGCCCUCUGCUGGUACUCCUCUGCAUUUUCCAAGGCAUCUACCUGGAUUUGAAUUAGCUCAGACAAGUGGAUCAGAUUCGCUGAUACCCUUAACUCCAGUGCUUCUAGGCUCUAAUUCUCGCCAAAGAUCCGUUGAUAAUUCAGGGGCUGUUCCAUUUGCAUUCUAUCCUACAGGGCCACCGGUCCCUGUUGUCAUGUUCCCAGUAUAUAAUGUUCCAGGUGAAUCGGGAACCUCUGACACUUCAGUAAGCAAUUUCAAUGGGGAUGAAGGUUUGGAUGGCAUUGAUUCUGGUCAGAAUUUUGAUUCAUCUGAGGGAUAUGACCAGCCAGAGGUGUCAAGCCCUUCUAAUUCUAUGAGAAUGGCUAUUGCUGAAUCAUCAGAGCACAAGUCUGACAUUCUUAACAGUGAUUUUGCUAGCCAUUGGCAAAAUUUGCAAUAUGGGCGGUUCUGUCAAAACUCACGUAAUCCUCCUUCAAUGGUCUAUCCUCCCCCUGUUAUGGUGCCUCCUGUUUAUUUGCAGGGCCGCUUUCCUUGGGAUGGUCCAGGAAGACCUCUUUCAGCAAACAUGAAUCUUUUCACUCAGCUUAUGAACUAUGGGCCACAUAUAGUUCCUGUUGCUCCUGUACAGUCAGUUUCCAAUAGACCUACCAAUAUAUACCAACCUUUUGUGGAUGAGAUGCCACGGUAUCGAAGUGGGACUGGAACCUACUUGCCUAAUCCUAAGGUUUCUGUUCGGGAUAGACAUUCUACAAAUACCAGAAGGGGAAACUAUAACUUCGAUAGAAGUGACCACCAUGGUGAUAGAGAAGGAAAUUGGAAUAUGAACUCAAAGUUGAGAGGAAGUGUUCGUGGUCAUAAUCGCAACCAAACUGAGAAGCCCAGUUCAAAACCAGAAUGGUUGACAACAAGUGAGAGCCGAGCAGAAAGGCCAUGGGGUUCACACAGACAUGACUCUUUCAUUUCUUACCAGACUCAGAACGGUCCUAUGCGCUCAAAUUCAGCGCAGAACGGUCCAGCCAAUUUGGCUUAUGGAAUGUAUCCUUUGCCAGCCAUGAACCCUGGUGGAGUCUCGUCAAAUGGACCAACAAUACCUUCUGUUGUAAUGUUGUAUCCUUAUGAUCAUAAUGCUAGCUACAGCUCACCAGAACAACUCGAGUUUGGGUCUUUGGGAUCCAUGGGUUUCUCAGGCGUCAAUGAAUUAUCACAGCUGAAUGAGGGGAGUCGAUCUGGUAGAGCAUAUGAGGAACAAAGGUUUCAUAGUAGUUCUGCUCAACGAUCACCAGAUCAACCCUCUUCACCCAGCCUCCCAAGGUGAUUUACUAGGAGUAAUCAUCAGUUUAGGAGGAUUUUCCACGUCUUGCAUGUAUCAGGACAGGUAAGGGCUCUCAGUGGGGAAAACUAUGACGGAAAAAUGCAACUCCCUUCUGGAGAUUGUUGUCUACACCCCACUCAGAAUUUUGCCAUGCGAUCAUCAGUUGAUCCUUCUUCUAGAGGGCCCUUUCUUUGAUGCCCUGGCUUUUGCUUGUGCAACUACAACUGAGAAACCCACGUCACUUAACAUUCUUCGGUAAGGAUGAAGACGGUGGGACAAAGAGGAUACUGUGUUGUUAGUUUCUGGCCGAAGCUUUAGACACAAUUUGUAAUUUAAUCACAUUAGAAUAUGAUUUAGGUUCAGAAUUUAGAAAUUUUACCAUUACAGAUUUCCCUUUUACACAAUGUUGUAGGAUUUUUGUUUAAGAACAUGCAGUAAAUCUCUGUUGAACUUUGAACAAUUUUACAGUGGAGCAAUAACAUCGUUAGAAAGAUGAUAUUAGAUGUCA